UUGAAAUUUGGAUAAACCCUAGUCCAAUUCACUCUUUUCCUUGAGCGAGGCCGGGCGAGAUCAUCUCAUUGUUCUUCAAAAUUCGGCUUCAAUGUCUAAUUUUCUCUGCAAAACCCUACUUCAGGUUCGGCAUCUUACCACGAUUUCGCCAUAUCCAAAGCUCCGCUGUGUUCAAUCACUCCACUUCAACUACAGCACUGUCUCUUCCGAUUCACAUUCUUUUACGGUUUCGUAUCUCAUAAACUCAUGCUCGUUGUCUCCUGAAUCUGCUUCAUCUGCUUCAAAGCUCGUUAGCUUCAUUUCUCCUGAAAAACCAGAUUUGGUGAUCUCUUUCUUCAAGAAUCACGGCUUUUCUAUUGCUCAUAUCUCGUUCAUUAUCGGGAAAUACCCUCGGAUUCUUCUAUCAAAUCCGAAUGGAGCUCUUUUGCCUAGGCUUGAGUUUCUUUACACCAGAGGUGCUUCGAGUUCCGAAGUCACGAAGAUUAUUUCCAAGGCUCCGAAAAUCUUGAUGAGAAGCGUUGAUGAACAUCUGGUUCCUGCUUUUGAUCUUUUGAAAGGUUAUCUUGGAUCUAAUGAGCGAACUAUCGCAUCAAUCAAACGCUUUCCGAGUAUCAUUGCGGAUAUUCGCCAAAAACAUUUGAGCGGAUCUGUUAGAAUGUUGCUCGACGCCGGCGUGCCUGAGGCGCAUGUUAUGUAUUUUCUUUUUUACCAGCCGAGAAUGUUCACUAUGGCUCUAGACAGGUUUAGGGAGAUUUUGGAAGAUGUGAAGAAAAUGGGGUUUGAUCCAUCGAAAUCUAGCUUUAUUCAAGCUGUUCAUGCUAUACGAGGAAUGAGCAAAUCGACAUGGGUACGGAAGCUUGGUAUUUACAAGAGGUGGGGUUUAUCUGAAGAAGAGAUUCUUGCUGCAUUUAGGAGCCAUCCAUGGUGUAUGACAUUAUCAGAGGAAAAAAUUAUGUUGGCAAUGGAUUUCUUUGUCAAGAAAUUAGGCUGGGAAACUGCAGCGAUUGUCAGGAGUCCUGUGCUGCUUUCAUUUAGCUUAAAAAAGAGAACAAUUCCAAGAGCUUCAGUUCUUCUGUUUCUGUUUCAGAAAGGUUUGACUACGAAAAAAACCAUGUUGGUAAAACCAUAUAUGUACACUGAAACUCAGUUCUUGCAGAAGUUUGUUCGUCCUCAUCUGAAAGAGGCUCCUCAGCUAUCGAAGCUGUAUCGUAUAAAUGUGGAUGGUGGGAUUAAUCGAUUAUGAAAUUUGAGGCAUUCACUUUAUACUGUUAUUGUACAUUUGAGAAAGCCAAGAUUCAUUUCAAAAAAGUCCAUCAAAGCAAUAGGUUCUUGUUGGAUUAAGAGAAAUUGACGACACAAAAUCCAAGUAACCUUCAAGGGAGUUGAAGAGCUAUAAAACGUAGAUGUUGUUCUGGUAGUGUAAUUGCUGGUAGUAUUCUGCUGUUGAAUUUUGGUGGAAACAAUGAUGCAACUUUUGAAGGCCCCAUCCAUCAAAAUUGUCUGUCAAUUUCCUUGUGAGAGGGUGAGACUCUGAUGGGAAAGGAUCUCUGUUUGAAAAUGGUUUGAAUUGAAGCAAUUAUUGAAUGUAUCUAAUUCUGUCAA